AUGGAUAAUUCAGAGAUAGUGAAAUUGUGUAGAGAGAGGAAGGAUUUGAUUAAGGCAGCCAAGGAUUGUAGGUAUGCCCUAGCUUCAUCUCACAAUUCUUACUUUCAGUCCCUUUUAGAUGUAGGGAAUUCACUUCAUAAAUUAGUUGAGGAAGAGGUAAUAACUAGUGUUGAACCACCUUCAAGUACCCAUUCUGAUCAUCAGUCGAAUGGGGAGGGUUCUCACUUGGAAAUCUCAUCCUUGGAGUCUGACACAGACAUAAGUUCAUUGACUGAUUAUGUGCAUGAAGGCUCAGAAUUUUCAGAACAAUCUCCCGAGGAAGAUGAGAUCCAAGAAGGAGUUAAUUCAAAUAUAUAUCAAACGCAGAAGUCUUCAGAGGCGGUGUCCACUGGUGUUUAUGAGCAGCCACAAGUGGUGGAUGCAACAGCUCAGUGGCAUAAUCCGUCAAACUUAAUGGCUCAGUAUCCUCAAUAUGGAAAUGGGGUUUUCUCUGGUUGCCCUACGAAUUUUAUGCCUAAUAAUCCAAGGUUUCUUCAAUACGGAAAUGGUGGGUUCUUUGGUGGUCUCAUGAAUUUACCACCCUUUAAUCCUAUGUUUUCUCAAUAUGGAAAUGGGGUAUCUUUUGGUGGCUUGAAGAAUUUCCCCCAUCCUAACCUUAAGUUAUCUCAUGAUAGAAAGGAGGUGCCUUUUGGUGGUCCUAUGAAUUUCCCACCUAACAAUCUUGACUUCCCUCCAAAUGGAGAUGGAGUUUCUUUUGAUACUCCAAUGAACUUGCCACCAGCUGAUCUUAGGUUUCCUCAGUACAGAAAUGUGAAUUUUCCAGAUAAUAAUCUUAGGUCUGAUCAUCAUGGAAUGGAGGCAAAUUUUCCAUCUUUUGCUUUUAGCUACCCUCAGUAUGGAAAUGGGGUACCCUAUGGUGGUUCAAUAUAUUUUCUGCCUAAUGAUCCUCGUUACAAUCUUAGACAAAGUCGUAAUGCUCCUGAAAAUCUUCCACCUCCUGAGGUCUCUUCCUGGGACUACCUCAAUCCAUUUAGUGUGAUUGAUGAUAAUUUUUCCAGAUAUUACUUUGAGGGCAGAUAUGAAACCGGUUUCGGCAGCAUUGGUCCUGAUUUGAGAGAAGUGAGGGAAAAGGAGGGGAUUCCUGAUUUGGAAGUAGAAGCAGAGAAAGAAGAGGAAGACCCAGUAGAAAAACAACCUAAGGAGACAGAAACAGAGGUAAAAAAUAAGGGGGAUACAGUUGAAGGCCGUUGUGAGACAGUGCAAUUGAAGGGAGAUUCAGGUGAAGGCUCUUUUGAGGCAGUGCCGUUGAAGGAGGACUCAAGUAAAGGUCCUUCUGAGUCAGCACCACUAAAGAAUGGUGAGGAUGAUCUUUUAGCUCGGGAUAAAGAAAUUACUAGAAGUCCUGGUGUCCCUGAAGCUCAGGAAAAGGACCAUGAAUUCAUUGAGAAAGAUACUGAGGGCAAUUCUGAAAAAUCAAACUGCUUGGAAGAGGAGGAAAAUGGGAGUAGCGAGAAUGUCAAGGUACAAGAUGAAUUGGAACAGGAAGGUGUAUGUCCAGUUCAGGUUAGCUCAACCACAAUCAAUACAUAUGAAUCAAGGGAUCUUAAGGAAGUGCUGAAGGAUAUCAAAGAUGCAUGUGAGACUGCUUUUGAUCAUGGGAAAGAACUUUCAGUAGCACUUGAGAUGGGCAAGCUUCAGUAUCAGCCUAGGUCUGCCAUAGUAAAGGGUAGAAGCUCUAGUUUGAUCAUCUUCAUAUUCAUCUUUCUUCAUUCUAGUCAUAGUCAUCCAUUAUUAUGGUCCCUCAACAUUGAUUAA